AAACGGAGCCUGCCAGACGUCUUGAGGUCGUGUAGUGCAACUGUGCAUCAACCACCACCCGGACUCUUCACAGUUGUAUCUGCUUGACGCGAAGGCGUCUAUCGCAGUCACGAUGACGCGCUCGGUCUCGCUUAUCUGUGCACGCACCUGUUAUGCAUCGCCAGUUUCGCAAGCUUCUCUCUCGCGUCGAAACGCUCUUAUUCGCCGCCGCAAUCAGUGUCGCUUUUCCGUAUACGCUUCCAAAGAUUCUUCGGGGCCAAAAGUAGCCAUCGCUGGUGUUACGGGUGCUGUCGGACAAGAAUUUCUUCGGGUGCUUACUGAGCGAAACUUUCCAUACAGUCGCAUGAAAAUGCUCGCCUCUGCCAGAUCUGCUGGUAAAGAAGUAGAGUUCGAUGGGGAGAUGUAUAAAAUUGAGGAGUUGAAAGAAGAUUCUUUCGAUGAUAUCGACAUUGCACUGUUUUCUGCUGGUGGCUCAAUCUCCAAAAAAUUUGGUCCUAUAGCUGCCAAGAAAGGAUGUUUUGUCGUUGAUAACUCUUCUGCUUUUCGCCUUACAGAAGGUGUGCCACUUAUCAUUCCUGAAGUCAAUGCACUUUCAAUGGCAGAGUACAAACUCGGCAAAAUGCACGGCGGCAUCAUCUCGAAUCCGAAUUGCUCCACUAUCAUUGCACUCGUUGCAGUGACUCCUAUUCAUCGAGCCGUUGGAAUCAAAAGAAUGGUUGCCUCCACUUAUCAAGCUGCCUCUGGAGCUGGUGCGCUUGCGAUGGCUGAAUUGGAACAGCAGACUCGUGAUGUACUCAACGGUGAUCCUGUCACUAUGAAAAUAUUCAAUUUGCAGUACGCCUUUAAUCUUUUCUCGCACAAUGCACCGAUGACAGAUAACGGAUAUAACGAAGAAGAAAUGAAAAUGGUGAACGAGACGAAAAAGAUCUGGUCAACAGAAGAUGUUGACAUCGCUGCAACUUGCAUUCGCGUUCCGGUUAUGCGUGCACAUGCAGAAAGUAUCAAUCUCACACUAUGUUCAGAUUUAGAUGAAAAAGAUGCAAAGGAAAUUCUCAGAUCAUCAGCAGGAAUUAAAAUUAUUGAUGACAGAGCGAAUAAUUGUUUUCCAACACCACUCGAUGCUUCAAAUAGGGAUGAAAUCUACGUGGGCCGCAUACGCCAAGACAUUUCACAGCCUGGCAGGACGGGACUUGAGCUGUUUGUCUGUGGUGAUCAAAUCAAGAAAGGGGCUGCGCUAAAUGCUGUGCAAAUUGCAGAACUACUCUUAUAAUAUACUCUAUUUCCAAGUUGGCUUGUUCAAUGUUGCUCAGUACAACAUUCUUGACGCCUGUACACGCAAUAACGUAUCUGUAUACAAUUUCAAAUUAGCCACGGUUAAUUAAGUCUUCAUAGACCGUUCCAUACGCAACACGUGUGAUAAAGCAAAAUGCACGAGCCCAGGAUGCAAUGAACUCUACCAAAAAGUCGUGCAAAAAGUUACACUAGGGCUACACUGUACACGUAUUCAUACAAAAAUUCAGAAAAAGUGAUAGACUACGUUCUGGAGUACUUGUACACGCAGAACACUAGUACAACGUUUUAGGACCCUACGAAGGUACUCUAUUAAACUGUACACCCGAAACAAGCGUGGACGGACGCGAUGAAUUUCGGAAAGAGCGCGCCGCUGGAGAAAAGCAUGCAUCAGAGACGAAUGAUUUGCUUUAAAGUCACCGUCGAAACAUGUCAACAUUUUUUAUCUAAAAGUCCUAUGCAGUGAAAGUACUAUCAUUCAACUACGAAGGUAGCUCGUACCUUGAGCUAAGACAGCGUAUCCUGACCCAAACAUGUGCAUAUACAAUAUGCCUAUGAAAACA